CUGCGAGCGCGCCAAUACCUAUCGACGCACGCAACGCGAAGGUUGUGGUCUGCGUCAUCGGCGCUGAAAAAGCUCAGGGAUAUCUUGGAGCAUCCUGCGAUCGUGGUUUGUACGUCGGAUUGUCCGAAGCUAAUCGACUCCGUGCUGUGCUGUGGAUGCUGUUCUCAUUGUCGCACGGAAUCAAGUCUUGAUGCGCACCGAGUCGCUGGCCGUAAUGGAGAACAGGUUGUCGGACACCUCGGCACCGUGUCAUAAUUUACCAAGGAAGUCUAAGAGGCGAUCCAGUCGUCGAAGCAAUGCGACAGACGCGUGGAACUGCGGCCAACAGAAUAACCAGGAUGGCGGUCUAAUGUCGGGUGUGGAGUAUCAUCACCCGCGGAUGCUGUGGUCGUCGAACAUGCCGCAGAACGUGCAGGGCAGUGGCCAACGCUUGUUCACCGCAAUGUCUGAUCCGAGCGUGUGUGGCUAUUCGGCAAUGCCGGUGACAUAUACCAUGCAGCCGGUUUCACUGCCACCCAUGUACAGUCUGUAUCAGCCUGUACCAUUGCCGAACGUUAGAACCGUCCAUCAUGGUACAUCUAGACCCGUCCGUAGUGAACGUUCGGCAAAAAUUUGUCACAAGGUCAGCAAUAGCUCCGCCAAUGGCUGUGGGAAUGCACAGGAGAAUGGUUUAGAGUCCACUGUACAUAUUGCUCAUCAGAACGGAGAUUAUGCUAGUCUACCACCCACUGCCGACAGUGGUGUCAAUGGUGAUGAACUUAAUUCAGAGCAUAGAAGAUAUUCUGAUCCUGGACUCGGACCUGCUAAAGUAUCCUCUCAUCCAGACAGUGACGACUCUGGCGAGAGUGAAAGUUCAGUAAUAACAAUUGGACACACCAAUAAACUUGCGUUGUCGCUCAUGGAACAGAUAACAGACUUAAAGAAGUAUAAUAGCCAAUUGUUCAAAGAACUCAGUGUAACCAAAUCAUAUUUUGAGAGUAUGAAAGCAGAAUUGGUACAAUAUAAACAUUGUGCUUCUUCAGACUAUCAACCUGGAAUGUUAUCAGAAUUCAUACGUGAAAUCAGAGAAGCCAACAAAAAAUAUGAAGAAGGAUUAAUCGCUAAGGUGACAUCUCUGUUGGAGGAGAGGUAUAGUCAACAAGCUAAAGAAAUAGAAGCAUUGAAGAACCAAUUGUCGAAAGUAACCGACGAGUACGAGGAAAGUAAAAAACGCAUCGCCACAUUGGAGGAGGAGUUGACGGCGUUGAAGUUGAGCGCAACCAACGGAGGCCGCGAGAUCGCAGCCUUCGAGGAGGAGACUCUGGCGCUGCGACGGGAGCUCCAGGAGGCGCGCGCGUCUAGGACCCUGGCCGAGAAUCACGCGGCAAAGUGCGUAAACUUGGCGGUACCCAGAUCUGUCACGCCUGUAACUUACGAAUCGUCCGAUAUAACCAGCACCCCCGUGCGUACCGCUCUUUCCGACACUCGCUGCCUAUCCCCCGUGCCCGACACCUUAACCGCGGACACCACCUCCACGCCCAUUUCCACGUCCGUAGCCACUUCCGUUUUUCGCUCCUCCUGCUCCGCGGAGGUGGCGUCUCCUCUCGUCAUUGAGACAACGCUGACUCGAAACAGAACCGACUCCGGAGUCGUUGUGUCCAGCGACAGUUCGCCGGAGCCGCAGACAAUGGCAAUGAAGACGGACAAGCUUGAUCAGACCCCAGAGGCGAUUUCGGCGUCCUGCCAGCCGGUGUUGGGUAGCGCGAACGACGAGACCGCAGCUCGGUGCAACACGGAGAAUCCUGGAGUGACACGCGCAGACCCUGUCACGAAUCUAGUGUACUCGGCUCGGUUGGCGAAUUUACUUUACUACGGCUUGCUCGACACGAAGGCGAUCUACGAGAUGUACUGCGAGAGAAACCCAUUGGUCGGCGAGGAGAAGAAAACGACGACCAACGUCGCACAGGCAGAUGACGAUCUGUUCACAGAGAUAUUCGCGGAAAGCACGGAGGUAGACCUGCCGGCUGCGAGCAGAAACGGCCACGAAGCGGGAAUAGCGCCGCUGAACAGCCUCGAGGAACAGAACGGUUCGUCGAAGAAAUCAUCGGGCGACACAGCGAGCAAGGCGGAAGGAUCUUCGACGGAAGGCUCGCCGAGCUCGCUCGAAAGCUUCUCCGCGACUCUGUUCGGCCUGAAGAAACGGCGGAAGAAGAGCCACUCCAAGAGGUCGUCCAACGAGAGCGACAAGCUCGGCAAGAUCCGCCAGCGGGACGCCGUGUUGGGCGACAGGAUCAUGAGCUCGUGUUCGAACGCGAAACACAGCUGCGACAGGAUGAACGGGAAUCGUUUCGUCGUCGACGACAGUCGCGCGAGCCGAGCCAUCGUCGAUGUGCCGGACGUCGCUGUGGUCGACGGCGGCUCGUUCGUGCCGAAAGACCUCUGCUCGACGAGAAUCCUGACCUCCAGAGUCCUGACAGCACCUUCACGCGCCACCUACACCACCGCCUAUAUUUAGGUUACGUACGCGCGGGGUCCUGAGCCAGAAAGAAAGAGCAAUAAUA